CUAAAGAUUCACUUCUAUUUGAUAUCAUGGAAGAUAAAUUUAUCAUUAGAGAUUAUUCAGUGAUCUUGAGAGUAUUAAAAUGUCAUAAUGAAACAUAUUAAACUGAUUUUAUUCCAAUAUAUUAAUAUUAAAAGGACAAUUUGACCGUAUUCAACUUGGAUUCCUUUCUCUUUGUUCAAGUGCCUCUUAAGUGAACAUUCUGGAAAAAUCAUGUUGCUUCAGAGAUUUAAUGCAAACAAACGUUUGAUCGCACCAAUCUGGACUUAUGGUUUAUCAUCAAAAUCAUCAUCCUUUAAUGGCUUUUCUAGUCGAUUUAAGAUUGAUUGUUGUCAUUUGAAUUAUGUGAGUCAACAACGCUUUGCUUCAUCAAGCUCAUCCACCUUUGUUCUUCACCCUUAUUCAUAUGCUUAUGGAGUUUCUCCUGCCAGUCUGGAGUAUUAUUCAAUUGGAGAUGCCUUGCAAUUAAGUUCAGAGAAAAGAGCCACACAACCCGCCAUCAUAAGUGGACAUCAACAGUUAACUAAAACUUUUGGAGACUUAAAUACAGAAGUUAAUCAGCUUGUCAAUGCUUUUAGUUCAUCACUUGGCCUUAAAAAAGGUGAUGUAGUGGCUUUAUGGUCAUCUAAUUGCUAUGAAUGGAUUCUCAUUCAAUUGGCUUGUGCUCGAGCCGGAUUAAUCCUUUGUACUCUCAAUCCAGUUUAUAAAUUACCUGAAUUGGAGUAUGCAUUGGUUAAAUCAAGUGCCAAAGUUUUAUUUCUUCCUGGUUUAUCAUCAGAACAAACAAAGGUCAAUGAUUUUGCGAACAUAGCUGGUAAUCUUAAUAAGAAGAAUAAUCCUGAUCUUGAAAAACUCGUUCAAAUUGACGGCGACAGUUUACCAGGGUCGAACUUUGAUAGAUUUACAUUAACUGAUUUACUAAAAUCUAAUAAUGGUUCUUCAACAAAUUUAUUAAGAGUAAAUAGUGACGAUCCAGCCAUCAUCAUGUUUACAUCGGGAACCACUGGUAAACCCAAAGGAGCUCUACUUUCGCAUUGUAAUUUGCUAAAUAAUGCUCAAUUAACUGCCAGGAGACUUGGUCUUGAUGAACCAGGAACUGUUGCAGCUAUACCUGUUCCUCUUUUCCACAUUUUUGGGUUAGUCUAUGGAAUUACAAUGAUGGCCCGAAUGGGAAUAACGAUUACUUUAACUGGAUAUCGUUAUAAUGUUAAAACCUUGGUCAGCACGAUAAACGAAAAUCAAUGCAGCCAUGCCAUGAUUGUUCCAGCAAUGACUAUCGAUCUAAUCAAUCACCUAGAAAAGAACAAUAUAACCAUGCCAUCACUCAAAACCAUAAUUACUGGUUCAGCACCUACAACUGUAGAGACUGUUCAAAGAUUCUUAAAAGUCAACCCUCAUACUGAAAAUUUCCUCAUUCGUUAUGGAUCUACAGAGACAGGAGGCUGCAUGACAAUGCCACAUCGAGGAGAUAAGCCAGAUAAAACUAAGGAUAAUGUUGGAGCUCCCCUUGAAUUAACUGAGGUUAAAAUUGUUGAUCGUAAAACUGGCGAUUUAACCAAGAUUGGAGAGCAAGGUGAACUUUACGUGAGAGGUCAUCAUGUAAUGUUGGGAUAUUGGAAGGACCCAGAAAAGACUAAAGAGACCAUUAAUGAUUCCAAUUGGUUCAUAUCUGGAGACAUUGCUACUAUGGAUGAAAACGGUUAUGUAAGGUUAGUUGGACGAGCAAAGGAACUAAUUAUUCGAGGUGGAGAAAAUGUCUAUCCAAAAGAAAUAGAAGAGUUACUUCAUCAACAUCCCUCCGUCCGAGAAGCAUUUGUUUGCGGAGUUCCAGAUGAACGAAUGGGAGAAGAAAUUUGUGCAUGGGUUAAACUUAAAGAUACCGAAGAAGCUAAGAAGCUAACUACUGAAGAAGUUAGGAAAUUUUGCAAAGACAAGAUAUCUUACUUCAAAGUUCCCAAAUAUGUUUUAUUCGUUGAAGAUUUUCCCAGAACACCGACUGGUAAAGCGCAAAAGUUCAUGAUGACUGAAAAAUCAAUCGAGAUAUUUGGUCUCUCGAAAAAAUAAAUAACAUCUAUUUUGACAUUCAAUAACUAUUAAUGGGGCAAAAGUAUGAGACAAAAUGUUUAAUUGCUUGUAUCUUUUUGAAAAAUUGUCUUCACUUUUCAGUUACAAUUUCAUAACUCAUAGUAAUUUUUAUAACCUGCAUAAAACUACAAUUAGAUAAGCUGAUUUUAUGAUUUUAUCUAAUUGUGUUAAUUUUUGCUUAUAGCUUUAUAACUGUUUUACAAUAUUUGGUUCAAGACUUUCCCAAGUCAUUCCAUUGAUAAAAGCUGUUUCAAGUACACUUGGAUUACUUGUAAAGUUGAGUCACAAUUUGGUUGGUUUAAAUAAUGUGUUAAAUUUUAUUAUAAAAUAUAAUGUGUAAUAAAUUAAUUGAAACUAUCAUCAA